AUGAGGUCAGCGGCACUCAGCCACGACGCGGCGGGACAGGUGGACGACACGGUGGCGGCCACAGAGCAGUCCGAAGGGGACGGGGACGGAGACAAUGACAAGCCGGCGCCCCCUCCGGAGAAGGUCUCCCAAGUGCCAUUAAGACUGCAGAUCAGAGUGAGCGGUCAGCGUGGGAGUCUGGGCAUCAGCAUUGCCGGAGGACGCGGCUCCCUGCCGUACAAGGAGCGCGAUGAGGGCGUCUUCAUCUCCAAAGUGUCUAAAGGGGGUCCUGCUGAGAGGGCCGGGGUGCAUGUUGGAGACCGAGUGCUGGAGGUGAACGGGCAGGAUAUGCAUGAGGUGACCCACCACGUGGCGGUCAGCGCCCUGAAGAACGCCGGGAGCUGCAUCAAGAUGAAGGUGUUGAGGUCGCGACCCCUGCAGCCACCGCCACCCGAGCCGGACGCCACCGACGAUGAUGAUGACCCCGUCGGGAGAAUGGCGGAGCCGGGGAGCGCAGGAACAGCAGCGAGACACCAGCAGCACGACACGUCCGAUACACACAGCGAAGGCAGCAUCUCUGGAGGCGGAGGAGGAGCAGGUGGAGGUGGAGGAGGAGCAGGUGUGAGGCCCCAUGUCAAGCAGCAUCAGCAGCAGCAGCAGUCCAGUGUGGAGGCUCCUCAGCCGGCCUCUUCAGCGGGGCCGUCAUCCGCAGCAGCCCCGGAUUACAGCCUCAGCAGCAAGAGGAUCGAGGCCACGGUGGUCUGCAAUGGCAAUGGGGUGAGUCGAGGUGGUGUGGAGCAGCGCAGUAGCAGCAGCACAGGCCUGAAGAGCAGCAACGCCUCCUUCAAAAGCAGCGCCCUCCAGGUCGUGAAGACUACCAUGGCGAUACCUCGGAUCAUCCUGACCCACCCCUCCACCUCGGACGAGGACAUCGAGCCCCUCACCCCCAGCGCUGACGAGGGGAGCCUGGAGGACUCCGAUGAGGCCGACGCCCACCUGCACUCCGACUGA